AUGCUUCCCCCGGGGCGCAACGGCACCUCGCACUGGGCGCGGUCGGGGCAGCAGCAGCUGGCGCAGGGGGGCGCCGUGGGGGACUCGGAGGGGGCGACGCUGCUGGGGCCCGCGCAGGUGGUCACCGCUGGCCUCCUGACCCUGCUCAUCGUCUGGACCCUGCUGGGCAACGUGCUGGUGUGUGCGGCCGUCGUGCGCAGCCGUCACCUGCGCGCCAAGAUGACCAACGUGUUCAUCGUAUCCCUCGCGGUGUCCGACCUCUUCGUGGCGCUGCUGGUCAUGCCCUGGAAGGCGGUGGCCGAGGUGGCGGGUUACUGGCCUUUUGGGGCCUUCUGCGACAUCUGGGUGGCCUUCGACAUCAUGUGUUCCACUGCCUCCAUCCUGAACCUAUGCAUCAUCAGCGUGGACCGCUACUGGGCCAUCUCCAGGCCCUUCUGCUACGAGCGCAAGAUGACCCAGCGUGUGGCCUUGGUCAUGGUCGGCCUGGCGUGGACCUUGUCCAUCCUCAUCUCCUUCAUCCCAGUCCAGCUCCAUUGGCACAGGGACAAGGUGGGUGCCAGGGGUGGGCUGGACCCUCCAUCCAACCUGGCCAACGGGACGCCUUGGGAGGAAGCCGCGGAGUCGGAUAGGAGUGCGAACUGCGACUCCAGCCUGAACCGCACUUAUGCCAUCUCGUCCUCGCUCAUCAGCUUCUACAUCCCGGUGGCCAUCAUGAUCGUGACCUACACGCGUAUCUACCGCAUCGCCCAGGUGCAGAUUCGUAGGAUCUCCUCGCUGGAGAGGGCCGCGGAGCAUGCGCAGAGCUGCCACAGCCGCGAGGCCUGCGCUCCCGACACGGGCCUGCGGGCGUCCAUCAGGAAGGAGACUAAGGUCCUCAAAACCCUAUCGGUGAUCAUGGGGGUCUUCGUGUGCUGCUGGCUGCCCUUCUUCAUCCUUAACUGCAUGGUCCCCUUCUGCAGCGGACACCCCGAGAGCUUCCUCUGCGUCAGCGAGACCACAUUCGACGUCUUCGUCUGGUUCGGCUGGGCCAACUCCUCCCUCAACCCCAUCAUCUAUGCCUUCAACGCUGACUUCCGGAAGGUGUUUGCCCAACUGCUGGGCUGCAGUCACCUGUGCUCCCGCACCCAGGUGGAGACGGUGAACAUCAGCAACGAGGUCAUCUCCUACAACCAGGACACCGCCUUCCACCAGGAGAUUGCAGCUGCCCACAUCCAUCGGAUCCCCAAUGCAGUGACCCUGGGGGAUGCAGAGGUGGACAAGGAGGAGGAGGAGGCAAGCCCUUUCGAUCGAAUGUCCCGAAUCUCUCAGACGUCCCCAGAGGGUGACCCUGCUGGCCAGUCGGUCUGGGAGCUGGACUGCGAGGGGGGAGUUUCAUUGGGCAAAAUCACACCUUUCACCCCAAAUGGAUUCCAUUAA